AUGUAUCGCAGCUACCUCUGCGUCGAGGUGGUAAUCCUGCUGCUCCUGUCGCACGUGGGCUGGAAUGGGCCGUCCUCGCCGCGCGUGCAGCCCUGUUCGCGGGCUCAGUCGCGCGUGGCACGCCAGCUGGUGCGCCGCAAGGUGACUGCCGUGCUCCAGCGCUACCGCGUCUCGCUGGGGCCCGAGUGCCCGCUGCACCCUAGUCGCGACCUGUUCUGGUGGCCGGCAGGACUGAUGGCGGACGAGGCCACCGACCAGCCCAGCUGGAGCUGCCCCAUGUGUGGCCGCUCUUUCUUCUGCCACGAGAAGCUCACCAGUCAUUGGGACGAGGAGCACGCGGCCAGCGUGGCCCCCAAGGCGGAGCGGGGGGUGUGCCUGGCUGAUUACUGCGACAUCCUGCGCUGCGAUGUGCUGGGACCCCGGCUGGCGGCCGCUGAACGUGCCUCGGCCGGCGGAUCGGCGGUCGCAGCCACCUUGCCCGACAAGCCCAAGGAGGUGGAGGUCCUCGGCGGCCGCUGUGGUGAGCCGCCCGCCGACCAUCCACGUUGCUCUUGCGACCAGAAACACAUGAGCGCCUUGCAGCAAAAGUGCCGGAUCGUUGUACAGCAGUGCGUCAUUGGACUGCUGUCUGUUCUUUCAGUCAAAGAUUUCCAAGACAUUGAAGAUGAACUCAACAAUAACAUCUGCUCUUACCUCACCUGCAAUAAGUACUGGGACGAUUCCCUGAACGAGGAGAGACGCGUUCCAAUGUUGUUCAGCAUGAUAAUAGGAAUAAUACUCGUCGGUGGGUUUUGCCUUUGCUACUACAUCGUUUGGAUACUUUUCGAGUCGAUUCCUCAUCCGAGACUGAGCAGCCCAUGUGACGGGGCGCCGUACGACGACGUCUACUGCGACAGCCAAGUGCGCUUUUCCAGCUUCGGCUUGGCGUCCGACGGCCGCGACGGUGGGCACGCGCGCCAGUGCCACUGCCGGUUCGUGGGCCGCCACGCGUAUCACAAGCACAGCGUGGCCGCCAGCAUGCGGUGACG